AUGACAAACCAAAAGCACAAGGUCCCUUCUGUGGAGGGGAUCCGGAUUCGUCUAUAUAAACCUCUCCAAAUCUAUUUUCUCAUCAUCAAUUAUCAGUUAUUAAAUAGAGGGUAACAAAUACCAACCUCAGCAUACCCACACACACAGUGUUUGAUGGGCAACUACAAGUUCAGAUUGUCAGAUAUGAUGCCCAAUGCUUGGUUUUACAAGCUGAGAGAUAUGAGCAGAACCAAAAAGCAUAACACACCUCACACUGUCAAGAAAAGCCUACCUUCAACUACAAUAUCACAGAAGUCACUCAAUCUUUCUCAGCCUAGACACUCCUACUACUAUACAACAGAACCAACCAGAUCAUCAACUGAAAAAUUCUAUAAUUCACCCACAAAUCCAAAAGCCUCAGAUACCCAUUUUCCUGAUCCACCAAGAAAAUCAUCCAAGAAAAAAACCAAGAGAAAAACCAUCUAUAAGCCCUCUCCCAGACUUGUCACACCCUCAAUCCGGACCAAUUCCGAACCAGCUCUGGAUCAGGACUACUUUCUCUCUUCUAUAGAUAGCUCUCCUGAGUCUGAUCAUCACUUCCAUGAAUCUACCUUAUCAGAAUUCGAGUCCGAUACAAUUGAUGGUCCUGACCCAUUCAAUGGACUUGCCUCGUGGUCCAGUUCUUGCAGUUGCAGAGUUGGUUCUUCGGCUUCUGACAUCAUAAUCGACAUGAAUGAGAAAUCAUCAUUCACUAGGAAAAUUGAGAAGCUAGACUUGUUUGAUCCAAUUUCAGAGCUAGAACUCCCUCCAAUCCUGACAAAGCCAGCAAAAUUCAACGACGCCAACUUGGAAUUUACCAAGUUUACAAGAAGUUCAUCAAAAUUGGAGGACUUGGAAGCUAAUGGUUCACUUUCUAUCGAGGUUGUCAAAGAAGAGGAUAGCUUUAGAACUCAGAAACAAACUAGAGCUAGUCCAAAUCCUGUCCUUCGAAAGCAGCCCAAUUCCUACUCAACCGGAGUGAAGCUCAGACCCAAUUCUCCGCGAAUCGCCAGCAAGAAAAUUCAAGCAUGCGGCCGAAAGAGUGUGUCAUCGAGUGCAAGCUCAAAGUCGCGGAGAAGAAGCUUUUCGCAGAGCUUUGCAAUUGUGAAGUCGUCGUUCGAUCCUCAGAGAGACUUCAGAGAAUCAAUGAUGGAGAUGAUUGUGGAAAAUAAUAUCCGGGCUUCGAAGGAUUUGGAAGAGCUUCUUGCUUGUUACCUUUCAUUGAAUUCGAAUGAGUAUCAUGAUCUGAUUGUUAAGGCCUUUGAGCAAAUCUGGUUUGACAUGAAUGAUUUUAAGAAUUAAAAUUCCAGUACAUUGUAAAUUUGUAUAAUCUUAUAAGAAUUGCCACUCCUUUCUAAACAUGUAAUUUUUUCUAAUUAGAAUUUUUUGGAUCUCUUAUUAUCUUUAGAGUUUGCUAGAUUAAAAAACAAUUAUCUUCAAGUGUUUAUAUAUGUUUCUUGCCAAAAGGAACAGCCUUUUGUGUUUUUCAGUACAAAA